AUGAAAAACGAAGAAGCAACAGUUAAUAAUUAUGACUGUUUAACAAAGAAGACGGACAAAGAAGAAAACGGCGACAACAACGUAGACGACGCCUCAACGCCUCCUCCCAGUAGUAGUGAUUUAAGUGAUGGUGGUGAAGACAUCGAUCACGAUACGGGCGAUUUGAAAUUAACAACCUCAAAACGUAUAACGCGCACGGCACUCGAUAAUAUAGCAAAAGCGGGUUAUACACAACAAUUUAAAUUCAAUACAACAACAACAACAAAUUCACCCUCUUCCUCCACCUCCAAUUCCUCUUCCACAAACUCCUCUACAGCCCUUAAUACGGGCAAACAAAUAGGUGUUAUACGUCCUUUACUCAAUACCCAACAGCAGCAGCAGCAACAACAACAGCAAAAAAUCAACGAUUCCACUAUGGAAACUUUAAAACAUUCCUCCCCUAAUAACACCAAUCUUACUUCACGCGAAAUAGAAAAGAAUCGCAUAAAUGAUUUGAAAAAAUCCACCAAUUCUACACAUCAAACUUCUCCUACUGCAACAGCCCAUAAUACAUCCUCCUCCACCUCCUCGCCCUCAGCUAGUCUUGAACAUCAUGUGAUUAAAUCAACAGCCCCAAACGCUGCAACAGCUUCUACUACCGGCUAUUCCGAUGUUGAUUCCGUUAUAAGUGCUACAAAUAGUCCAUUGUGGGCCAUGCGUAAACGACGCCAGGCACCACCAGCUGCACCUGCCGAAAAUACCUCUAUGGUGUUUAAUUUUUCAAAUCGUAAAGAGGUUCCCGAUUAA